AUGCUUUUCCAGGCCGUCACGCUUCUCCAGGCCGUCACGCUUCUCCAGGCCGUCAUUCUUAUCCUAGGGAUUAGUCAUGUCCCCCUGGUACUCGGCUCCAGAACGGGUCACCCUGGAUGUCAAUCGAGGCCCAAGCCACCCCCACCGACCAAGUUCGGCAUGAUUCUCUUUCGAGCGUUUGAGCCACUCGAUGUAUUUGGGCCGCUCGAGACUUUGCAAAUACUCUCACGAAUCCGUCACCUGCAACUCUUCCUCAUCUCAGAGACCAUGGAUGUGGUCACAACGCAGCCUGUGAUGUCGGCCAUGAACCCGAUGAAUUCGACCGUGUACCCAACACUUCCACCAACCCACACGCUCACUACGGUCCCCGAGGACCUGGACGUUCUCAUCAUCCCUGGCGGCCUCGGCGCCCGGUCGCCCUUGAUCAAUGCCACCGCCAAUUACAUCGCCGCGACGUAUCCAAAGUUGCCGUACCUCCUCACCGUGUGCACCGGCUCCGUCCUCGCCGCCAGGGCCGGCAUCCUCGACGGCAAGCACGCAACGACAAACAAGGCUUCAUGGGAUGCCAAUGUGGUGUAUGGUCCAAGGGUGGAGUGGGUUCCCCGCGCGCGGUGGGUUGUUGAUGGGAAAGUGUGGUCAUCAUCAGGCAUAUCGGCGGGUAUUGAUGCCACGCUUGCCUUUAUUGAGGCGGUGUAUGGGAAAGAAAAUGCGACGUAUGUGGCAAACCAGAUGGAGUACGAAAGGCACAUGGAUUCUGCCUGGGAUCCGUUUGCCGACAUUUUCAAUGUCACUGGUGCGAAUUGA